GCCGCAUAUGUUUUGUUGUGGAAAGGGGUUGGGCUGCAAAGGUUCGCUUACGGGAUUUCUACAGCAUUUAGGGCCUGUUACACCACCCUAUAGGAUUUAAACCGAAUUUUCUAUCCAGUUUACCGUAUUUUCUGGAUAACUGCAUCAGACUGACGCAUUGACAACGCAACACUGUAUCUGCUUAGUAUCAUCUAUUCGAGAUAGUCCACGCCAGGUUGUGACAACGUUCAGAAAUGUCUUAUACCCGCACAACACGCACAACACGCACCUUUGGCCCUGGAGGCAGUAAGACGGAGACCCACACCACCUCUUACGGAGGAGGGGAAUCUGGAGGUCAUGAUCAUAGUUUUGGGGAUGACGGCGGUCAGAGUGGUGGCUACACUCGCCGGGUGGUCUAUUCCACUGAUGGGCAUGGUGACCCACAUCACCAAGGUGGUAACCCACAUCAUCACCAAGCUGGGGGACACCAGCAGCAGCGUCGCGGUCCUCAGCCUAUCAGGACAUCUAUGACUAAACCAAGAGCAAGAGUCGCACCAUCACCAUCCGCCUUCGCUCAGCGAGGCUGGACCGGUCUCCAAAACUACGAUGAGAUCAUCGCAAAAUGUCGGCAGACAGGAGAGCAGUGGGAGGAUAGUGAGUUUCCCGCCGAUGACCUGACGCUCUUCUAUAGUUGUGCACCACCAAAGAAGUUCGACUGGAAGAGACCGUCUGAAAUUGUUCCCCCUAAUAUGAAACCAGAGCUGUUCGUUGGCGGAGCAAGUCGUUUUGAUGUGCAGCAGGGUAUCCUUGGUGAUUGCUGGCUGCUGGCCGCCGUAGCGUCGCUCUCUCUCCAUAAAGAGCUCCUCCACCAGGUGAUUCCUCCGCACCAGGACUUCAGUACCGGUUGCAUCCGCUUCCGUUUCUGGCAGUACGGACAUUGGGUCGAUGUCCUUGUUGAUGAUAGGUUGCCAACAUUCAAUGGUCGCCUCAUCUACAUGCACUCAGCUGACUGCAAUGAAUUCUGGAGCGCCCUCCUUGAGAAGGCUUAUGCCAAGUUGACUGGUUGUUUUGAGAACCUGAAGGGUGGUCAGACCAGUGAGGCUAUGGAGGAUUUCACCGGUGGUGUGACUGAAAUAUUCAACCUGAGGGACAAGACUCCGGCGAAUAUGUUCAGCAUCAUGAAGAAGGCUGAUGAGAGGUGCUCUCUUAUGGGAUGCUCAAUUGAUACACCACCUGGUGGUGCGAUCGAGGGCAAACUUGAUAAUGGCCUGAUCAUGGGUCAUGCCUACAGUUUGACAGGUGUCCGUGAUGUCAAGACAAGGAAAUAUGGUCAGGUGCAGCUUGUGCGUGUCCGCAACCCCUGGGGAAACUCGGCGGAAUGGCUUGGCCCUUGGAGUGACAACUCAAAUGAGUUGAAGAAUUUGACUGCAUCUGAGACGAAGACAUUGGACAUCUCAAAAGACGAUGACGGUGAAUUCUGGAUGUCUUUCCAGGACUUUAUCACGCAGUACAGCAAGCUGGAGAUCUGUAACCUUGGUCCUGACAGCAUGUCUGGAGAGCAGGGCUCCCUCAGUGGCAAGAGCAAGCGCCGAUGGGAAGCCUGUGUGGAAAGCAAGGCCUGGGUUAAGAGGGCUACGGCUGGCGGCUGCCGCAACAAUAUAGACACGUUCCACACCAACCCUCAGAUCCACGUCAAGGUGGUUGAUGCCGACGAGGACGAUGAUGAAGAAAUGGGAACAAUCAUUGUGGGUUUGAUGCAGAAGAACAUGAGGAAGAAACGUAGUGAGGGUGGAGACGUACAUACCAUUGGUUAUGCAAUCUAUAAGGUAACUGAUAGCGAGGCUGCAGCACCCCUUGAUCAACAUUUCUUCAAGACGCAUGCUUCCUUUGCCAAAUCCUACACGUUCGUCAACAUGCGUGAGAUCUGUGGCCGUCACAAGCUCCCCCCAGGCAACUAUGUCAUCAUCCCAUCAACCUUCGACAAGGACAAGCCAGCAGAGUUUAUCCUUCGUAUCUUCUCUGAAAAGCCGAAUGAAUCAGCACAUUUGGAUGAGGAAUGUGGAAUGACGGAUGUCCAGCCGGGUGGAGAUGGCGUAAGUUCUGAGCGUAAACCCAAGACGCACGAGGAGCUGCAGCAGGAGCAGGUCCUGAAGGAGCUGUUCAACAAGGUUGCUGGGUAUGAUGAGGCAGUCGAUGCGUACGAACUGAGGAACAUCCUCAAUACUGCCUACAAGAAAGAAUUCAACUUUGGCGGAUUCAGUGUGGAGUGCUGCAGGAGUAUGGUUGCCCUCAUGGAUGUUGAUGAGUCUGGCACCCUGGGCUGUGAGGAAUUCAUCACCCUCUGGGACUACCUGAAAUUGUGGAAGACUGCUUUCAAGCAAUUUGAUAAAGAUAAGAGUGGAAACCUCAGCUCAUCUGAACUUCGUCCCUGCCUGAGGAAUAUUGGUUACACUAUCAGCAAUGACUGCUUGACCUCGGUUAUCUUGAGAUACUCCAAGAAAGACGCCUCCAUUGAGUUCGAUGACUACGUUCUGCUCUGCUGCAGGUUGAGGACAACAUUUGAAACUAUCCAUGCUAUGAUGAACAAACAUACUGGUCAGCUGGACUUCAACAAGGACCUGUUCAUCAAGACCUGUAUCUACUUGUAAACAGCAGUUGACAAAACGCCUGUCUUUACUGGUGAUGGAAUGGAGAUGCUACAGCAGGGGUACGGAUGCAAUUCGAGAAAGUCAUUGGACAUUAGACUUUAUGACGUCACAUUGUCACAAUAUAUUUUGUAGCAUUAUAGUUCUUCCUUUGAUAAGUAGACAGUAUUAUCUCAUUCUUGGGCUCUGGUGUUGGAGAAAUGAAACUGGCUUUCUGAGAGGAGUGUUUAAUGGGAUACAGAGAACUGUAAGAGGUCACUUUAAACAGCGCAGGAACAACUCAUAUAAUGUACAUGUACUUGUAUUUUUCAAGGUAAUUGAGAUGAUGGCCGGAGUUACCUUUUCCCCAAUAUCCUGGAGGAUAAAGUUGUCAAAAUGUUGUCAACUGUUGUGCCCAAUUGUGACAACGUCACGUCAUAAAUCAAGCCACUAUAGAAAUCACUUUCUUACAGGUGACAAGUCCUCUUUUGUUCAACUCAAGUAUAUGCUAGAUAAUCAUAUAUAUCACACGUAGUUUCUGUAAGGGUAGGUUAAGGGAUACUCCACUUUGCCAGGCACGCCUUGUGUUAUAAGGAAAUUCUUAUAUAUGCAUGUCUUGUUUAUGAAGAUCUACGUAAAUUGCUGUGUUUAUAUUAGCUGCUGUCAUGUCAUGUUCUUGUUCAUGGGUGAUUUAACCCUUUGACACCAAAAGGCAUCAUAAUUAUGUUAUAAACAUCAGAAAAUGCCAAAAGUUCAAAUACGUAAUUUCGAUUGCCUUGACUGCUGAGGAUGUCUUGAAGUAUGAAUACUGUAAAAAUCUUUGUGUCUGUUUUUGCAAUUCACGUAAACCUCCUUAAAAAUAGCAUUUUUAAUUUUGGCUGAUUCAGAAAUUUCUCUUGGUUUUUCGCAAGUUUUACUGAAAAAAAGUUUUUCGUGAAAAUAAAACACUUGAAAAAAAUUCGUGUUUUACAGUAGCUGUUUUGUUUGUUUUUGGUGUUGAAGGUAAACAUGUGUAUAGGCCCACAUAAUAUGUAGCAUAUUGCUGUUUCAUUAUCAAGAAACUUCAUGUUUAAAAUAGUUGUUAGACUUUGUUGAAAUGAUAUUGUAGUCGAAAUGUAGUUGAUGCCUAGCGUCCUGUAACCGAUAGUUAGAUCUGAUGUUAUGUUUAUAGCAGUGUUUGAAUGUAUUUUAGUACGAAAAACCAGACUUACAAUGUAAGUAUAUGUCAAAAGAAGAGUUAUUUUAAUCUUGAUAUGAAAUAUGUUUUAGCUCUCUUGGAUGAUUUGUUACAAUAUCUUUGCGAUUUAACAACAUUUUACCGCACACUUUAGGAAGAAAUCCAUGAGAAUACGCAUGAUCAUCAUGAUCUUGCCGUGGAAGCAAAUUUUUCUUUUUGUUUUCUUUGCCUUAUCUAGAUCAUCAUGUUGUAAUCAGUUUUGAAUCAACCAGUUAAUAUUAGGGUUGAGUUUGCUUUCGUUUUGGUCACUUUCCACUCAUAUCAACCAUGUAACCUGGAGUCUUUCUAUUACAUUAACCACAGCUUUGGUUUAUUGGUAUGUCACUUCUGUCGAUUUCAUAUUGGGGAAAUUGAAGAGAUUUGACUUCCCUUUCCAGAGCAUUUAAUGCAGUGGGGCCCUUCAAAACAUAACAGUGAUUGAUUUGCUGGUUGAUCCGUAGGAGUCGAUCAUCACAUUUUAUAGUGUUAAAAAACUGGAAGUUGGGCUGUUAAGAAAGGUCCCUCUGUAUUUCUAAUCAAAGCCAUUCUGUAUUAUAAGCAUUAUUCUUGCUGGUGCUAACUAACCGCUGUAUACCUGAUAAAGACCCAGUGAUAACAUCAUGUCAAACAUUACAUAUAAGAUUAAAGAUAUUCAGUUUUCCUUCAUUAAUGAGAGUAUUUGGUCCAUGGUCCAUGCAGACAGAGACUCUGGUUUGUUUUAUUGAUUUAUUAUAAUAAUAAUAUUGAGUUCUUACAUAGCGCUUUUCAAGGUUUCCCUGCUCAAAGUGCUUUUGGGAUAUCAUAUUAUUAUUCAAACAUAUCAUUAGAAAAUGUUAUUAAGAAAAUAACAUGAAAACUUAGAAAAUGUCUCCGCUGUCAAAACCAGUUUGUCUUAGUAUAUUCAGCUUCUAAAAUAGGCCACCUGCCUUCGACAUCAUAAAUGGCACGAUGCACUUCGUACUUAAAAACCUAUGGCAGCUAAGAUCGCCUGUUGGACCAUUACAGAAAUUAAUUCAAGAAAAGGACAGAAUGCUGUCAUAUCAUUUGUGUGUGCAGCCAUCAAACUUAGCCGUUUUUAGAUUAUAUCUGCAUCACCAUAAGUAGCUCUGCAAGCAUAACAUAAUAAUUACCCUAGUUCCUUUGUAUCAUGGUAUUGGGUGCUUGUUUAAAUUCACCCUGCUCUGUUAAUAUUUUAUGACCAUUUUUUGAGGCCUUAGUAUUAUGAUGAACUUAUGAUGUGAGUAAUUACUAAGACAUGGCCAAAUAGUGACAAUAUACAUGCUCUGUUCAUGUAAUCAUUCAUGCAGUUCACGUUUCUCCAGUGGUGUCUGUUCGGAGCAAAUAAUCUCUGGCUUCACAGGGAUUUGAAAGCUUCUGAGGCUGAUGACAGGGGCUCUUAACUCACUUGGAUGACGAUGUACUUGAUAUUAGUCACAAAAAAGGCUCAGGUAAUUUCGCACUAAUAAGUUCAUUCUUAGCCAGAUAUUUUAGAAGUACACUCUGUACGUCAUAUUCUCAAAAUAUUUUGCAUGAAUUUUAUAUAUGAUACGAAUAAAAUUUAACUUAUGGUCCAA